UUUUGCAAGAUGGAAAUCUCAGAGUUAUUGGAAAAUUUUAAGAGCAUGGAACUGAAUCUCUUUCUGCUGAUACCGUUCGGUGUAUUGGUUUCAAUGGUGUUGGUGUGCUACUGUUAUCACUGCUAUCAGUGUGUUCGCGAUCGUCGAAGAGCUCGUAUCGAAGAUCAGAAAGCUCUCUUGCAUCUGCCUCUGAGUCGGCUGUCGAUCACUCCCGGCUACUCAAUAAUCGCCCUCACAAAACUAACUCACAGUCAAAGUAGUGCGGAAAACUAUUGA